GUCUGGAUCAACGACACACAGCUGGCUGAAGUACCCAUCCUCUUUUAGGACAAACACCAGGGAGGCAUACCCAAACACGACACCAGCAAAGCAGAGACACUCAAACAUCCCAGACAGCAAGGGGUGCCACACGAGGACAGUAUUGGAACACUUUCAGCGAGGCAAUUAAAAUGUGAACGAAAAGCCGUCUGCAACAGCAAGAGGAGGAAGAACCGUCAGCCCUCAGCCCACAGCCCAGUCAAGUGAACAACAACCCUGGCACAGAAGAAAUUGUAUAGUGUGUGAAUGGAGCAGUGUGCGAGUACGGCCUCCCUGCUGGCCUCUGUGCGGGAGCAGGAGAGGCAGUUUGAGAUGCUGAGCCGAGCUCUGGAGGAGGAGCGGAGGUCGUGCGCCGGCACUUUGCCCCGCCCUCUUCCCAACAUGCAGAACGGCCGUCUUCCUUGUGAUGCGGACAUAGAGAGGCUGACACUUAACGAGGGUUACGUCAACGGGACACAUCAUUUCAGGAUGGAGCCUGGUCAGGUGGUGCAAGAGACCUACACGGUGGAAGAGCCCCAGGAAUCCAACCCAAUGGUUUCUGUGGAGACCAACGAUGAUGGCACAACAAAACGCACAGAAACAACGGUAAAAAAAGUGGUUAAAACCACCACGACGCGCACAGUUAUUCCCUCAGUAUCCGACACACUUUCCUUGGAUGGUGGGGGCUCAGUGACUGGUAUGGGAGCGUACAUCCCACCCGUGGACCGGGGGUACAGGCAGGCACCUGGAGUAGGUGUACCCAUGGAAUACCCUACCAAAACUGUGCCUCGUAACUACCAAUAUGGACCUCCGGCUGGUUAUGACGAUUACCGUGUUGGUCCUCCGUCAGAAACAUAUGCAAGCCUCAACAGGGGUGCUCGCAUGGACGAUCGCUAUAGACCAGUCCAUCCAGAUGGUUAUCGAACUCUGGAUCCAAGCUACAGAGCACCCAGUAGAGGACAGCUAGACCCUUAUGCUGCUCAACCACAGGUUGGACGAAUGGGAAGUGCAGUGGAGUUAUCCUCAAUCCCAAGGUUCGUCCCAGAUCCGUAUGGACUGGAGGAUGAUCGGCGAAGCAUGGGCUAUGAUGAGCCUGACUAUGGAAUGGGACAUCCAAUGCACUACAGCACUGUGCCCCGCAACCACCAUGGUUUUCCCCAAGGCCCACCACGCAGGACUGGGAGUUACGAUGGCACUCUAGAUGGUGAUAUGAGUGGUCCAGGAGAUAUGUACUAUUGGGGAGGAGGUCCCCCUAUGGCACAUGGUGAAAGAGGAAGUAUGGCAUCUUUGGACAGCACUCUAAGGAAAGGCCCAGGCCCAGGUGGCUGGCGUCAACCAGAGUUGCCAGAGGUUGUUGCCAUGCUCAACUACCGGCUGGAUCCAGUCAGAAGCAAUGCUGCUGCAUACUUACAGCAUCUCACUUAUAAGAAUGACAAAGUAAAGUCAGAGGUUCGACGUCUUAAAGGCAUUCCAGCGUUGGUAUCGAUGCUUGACAACCCAAACAAAGAGGUUCACUACGCAGCUUGUGGAGCAUUGAAGAACAUUUCAUAUGGCAAAGAUCCAGACAACAAAAUAGCCAUCAAGAACUGUGAUGGAGUGCCUGCCUUAAUUAGGCUUCUGAGGAAGACCCAUGACCAGGACCUUACUGACUUAAUCACAGGGACACUCUGGAACCUGUCAUCUCACGACUCUGUAAAGAUGGAGAUUGUGGACCACGCGUUACAUGCCCUUUCCGAUGAAGUGAUGGUACCUCGCUCGGGCUGGGGGCGUGGGAGCAAUGGUGGUGGAGGGGAGGAAAACUGUAAGCCUCGACACCUGGAGUGGGAGACAGCUCUCACGAACACAGCGGGUUGCCUGAGAAAUGUGAGUUCAGAGAGAAGUGAAGCAAGGCGGAAGCUGAGAGAGUGCACAGGAUUGGUGGAUUCGCUCAUGUACAUCGUUCAGUCCCAGAUUGAUUGUAAAGAUGUUGACAAUAAGCUUAUAGAGAACAGUGUGUGUCUGCUGAGGAACCUAUCCUAUCAUGUGCAUCGUGAAAUCCCUGGGUGUGAGCGGUACCAAGAAGCUGCACCUGUCAACCAGGGCCCAGCCUCGUCUAGCCAGAAGGGUGGCUGUUUCAGCUCGCGCAAGAGUAAAGAUGAGUGGUUUUCCAGAGGAAAAAAAGAUGAGGACGAUGCAGCUGCAGACACAAUAGACAUUCCAAAGAGGACCACGCCUGCUAAAGGCUAUGAGCUGUUGUUCCAACCAGAGGUGGUCCGCAUCUAUACCUCUCUGCUCAAGGAGUCGAAGAACCCCACCGUGUUGGAGGCCUCAGCAGGAGCUGUUCAGAAUUUGUGUGCUGGACGUUGGACGUAUGGCCGUUACAUCCGUGCCGUGCUACGUCAAGAGAAGGGUCUGCCCAUGAUGACUGAACUACUGGCCCACGGCAAUGACAGAGUGGUUCGAGCGAUGUCGGGAGCACUUCGCAACCUUGCCAUUGAUGCCCGUAACAGAGAUCUAUUGGGUAAACACGCAGUGCCUCACCUAGUAGCCAACCUUCCCGGUGGUGGUCAGAGUCAGCCCGUGCGAGCGCUGUCAGAAGCAACAGUAGUGUCAGUGUUGAGCACACUCCAAGAGGUGUUGGGCUCUAGCUUGGAAGCUGCAAAGACUCUCAGAGCCUCACAAGGAAUUGAGAGGCUGGUCCUCAUUAACAAAGAUGGUAAUCGUUCAGAGAGGGAAGUGCGUGGGGCUGGGCUCGUAUUGCAGACUGUAUGGGGCUACAAGGAGCUGCGCCGCACUUUGGAAAAGGAUGGAUGGAAAAAGACAGAUUUCAUGGUCAACCUAAACCCUCCCAGCAACAACACUAGGACCAAUGGAGGAUAUGAGGACAGCACGCUGCCGCUUAUAGACAGAGGUGGUAAAGGUGAACGUGAAAUGAUUCCAAUGAAUGACAUGGGCCCAGAUGCCUACUCCACACUGGACCAGCAAGGGAGAAGGAACACUUUGGAUAACACACUCGAACCUGAUGAUAAAAAUGCAGUACAGGGAGUGAGUUUUGGGGAGAGGCAGGCUUCCUUGCCUCUAAUGGAUUCUUAUGAUGGUUAGGCUACACCCAUUAAGUGCAUGCCAGCGCAUGGUAUGUUUGUCUCACAGAAAAACUGAUUGUGUGCAUCACAAAACAACAUCUUCCCACCCGCUGCCCCUGUUAAAUUGACAAAGGGACCAGAACACUACAAAUGGGACAAACCACAUGACCAUUUUCCUACUCUUCCUUGUCCUCCUCAUGCUUUUGGAGCACAUUUUCCCUCUUGGUGACAUUCCUCCUUUAGCAGCUGACAAGCCAAGACAUCCCAUUAAAAACUGGAUAAGCGAUAUGGCUCUAUGACAGCAAGAUUGUGACACUUUGACCACUUUUAGCGCACCAAGUCCCUUAAACUACAAAACAAGAAGAAACGUAUAGUCUGACAAAGACCUUUGUACCAUACAUAGCAGACAGCUUAACUACACUACGACUUUCCUGGAAAACACUAAUACUCCAUUUAAGUUCUGAAAGUUGGGAUCAGAACAUGAAAUGGGGGAAAUUGUACAUGGAUGUUUAAAAGAAAUCGAGGGGUUGUGUAACUCCCCUUUAAAGGGUCAUGACUACAGAAAGAUCUGUUAACAUUGCGAAACUUAAUUGAUUGACUCUGAUACAUGGAUUCCUGUUUUGUAGUGGUUGUUCCUGUUUUUUGCUUUGUGCUGUAUGACAUGUACAUGUGCCAAAUGACUAUGCCGUUGCUACAACUGCCAUUACUUAAUUCUCCUGUUAACAGAGAUAAUCCAUCAUCUGCUUUUAGUACGUUUGUCCUUGUGAAAGCCCAUCACAUGGUGCAUGGGCAUGCUGCAAUUUCUGUAUUUUAUAUCAAUAUAAAAGGGAUGUCCUUUUUAAAUUUGGGGUACCCAACGAUUUAUUCAAUAAGAACCAUCUUUACCUGUGAUAUCUGAUAAAUCGUGCUAUUUACAGCAAAUUCCUUACAUUUGUGAUUCAGCAGAGGCAUUUUCAUCUAUUUGAAAGUCCAUAUUCUGAAUGUGUAAUGCAGAACUGUUUUUAAGUCUUUGUGUGGGCCAACUGGAGUGCCUUGAUUACUCAGGACAGGUAUGAUGGGCGUGUCGAACCAUAAUGUGGCUAGUCAAUCAUCGUGUCACUAUAUGAUUGCUGGAGUUUUAUGAGUUAAUGGAAUACAUCUGUUAAUAAGUAAGCAUCGAUUAUUUCUUUGAAAACAAAAACUUGUGCUCUGUAUAUGUGCGCCACGGAGUCUACAUACCUUUUAAGUCUACAGAACAGCACAUGGGAUAAAGUUGUAGUUUUUGCCCACAUUCUCUAGUUCUGUUGUUAUUCUGUAAAGAACAACACACUAGUGCAAAGUAAGAUUGUAGAUAAUUCAAAGAAAAAAAAGCACAAGGUGAUGUUUUUUCCCCUUUGCUUUAGUUUUUCAUGCCAACUGCCUAAUUUUCAAGUUGCCUUGAAAUGUGGACUGACUUAAAAAAAAAAUGCAAAUUGCAUGGGAUUUUGUUGGUUUGUCUAGGAAGGCAUACACCUUACAUUGUCAGUUAAAAAUACAAAAAGCACAUAUAUAUGAUAUAUAUAUAUAUAGAUAAUCUAUACACACAAGAGAAUAUUUGUCAAUUUUAAGGUUUCUUUUUAAAUAUUGAUUUGGGUUUAAUUGUUCUGGGUGCUCUGGGUGAACGCUUAUGCAAUCUGUUUUUGUUAGAUUGAAAACUUGUCUUAAUUAGAAGCUUAAAGCUCCACACUACAUGUGCUCAUGGAAUUUUAAGGUUGAAAACUGAUGGACUACACUUUAGUAUCUCUGCCUUGGCUCUUACAGUUGCACAUUCUCAUUAUGAAUGAAUUAUGUAACUAGCAAUAUUGUUUUUAAUAAAAGAUUUUUCAGCCUGC